UCUGCGUGGAUACAGAAGGCGAAGUUUUAGGACACGGAGGACACGAAAAGAAGGAAAACGUUCUGGAAGUCUUUGGUGUUCGAAGGAAGAGGAAAAAGAAAAGAGGAGGAAGGUGUUCUAGAAGGAAUUUCCUCGUGGGGAAGCGGUCGCCGGCGUCGAGAACGAAGUCGAAGUCAGGAUGUUCCUUGUGGCAGGAGUCCUCGCCCUCCUGCUGUGGCGCGUGCCGGGGGGCAACGCCUCGCCCGUGGUCUUGGUCGACCAGGACGGCGUCGUCAACGCCACCUUCACCCCCUACGCUGUCAUCGCGGCCCUUGGCUACGGCGCCGUCGGUCUUGCAGGCAUCCACGCUUACAACCUGUGGGCGCCCAUCCUCAGGAAAAACGACAUCAGAGGCGCACCAGAUCCCACGCUAGCGCAGAGCAACCGGGAGCAGAUGCGAGAUUGGCUUCAGAGAGUGGUUGGCAUCGAGCCUGGAAGGUCACCUCUGCUGGAGGAUGUCAGGGGCGCUGUCAAACCUAUUGUCCCCUUCCGAAGACAAGACGAGACCCAACCCGCCUCUGACCCCGCCCACGCCGACCCCGCCCCCGCCCACGCCGUCCCAGCAGCCCCACGCCCACCUCACCCGCGCCCAGUCCGACCAGCCCCCCCUCAGAAGAAACGCAGGGACCCCUUCGUCAGGCAGAAGCCGCGGCAGAGACCUAUUCUAAGACCCUGA